AUGCGGCUUGAAUCCCGAGUCGCCAUCGUCACCGGCUCCUCCCAAGGCAUCGGCCGCGAAAUCUGCUACCAAUUCUUCAAAGAAGGCGCCCUACUCGUCUGCGCCGAUCUCAGACCCCUCGGCAGAAACGAGCAAGUCCCCACGCACGAAUGGAUCGCAAACCAAGGCGGAACCGCCAUCUUCGUCGAGGCGGACGUGACCAAAGCCGAAUGCUGGGAAGCGCUCGUCCGCAAGGCUGUCGAAGCCCACGGACGACUCGACAUCGUCGUCAACAACGCCGGCAUCUGCGCCGAAGCCAGCAACCCGCAGCCCAUCGACGCCUUCGACGAAGCCGUCUUCGAUACCGCCAUGGCCGUCAACGCGCGCGGCGUCUUCCUCGGCUGCAAGUACAGCGUGCGGCAGUUUAAACAGCAGGAGCCGCGCGCCGAUGGCAUGUGUGGAUGGAUUGUCAAUCUCGCUUCCAUGGUAUCCAGCAUUGGGAUGCAGGGACUUGCUGGGUACACGGCGUCCAAGGGUGCGGUGGCUGCCAUGACGCGUACCGUUGCGCUGGAUGUGGCGAAGCAGGGUAUUGUGGUGAAUUGCAUUGCUCCCGGAUUUUCCCAAACGGCCAUGCUCGACGACGCACUCGGCGGCGCGCUCUCUUCAGCCGCUGAAGCAGUCAAGGCAUCGAUUCCCCGCGGUAUCUUUGGCUAUCCGCGCGAUCACGCAAGGGCGGCUGUGUAUCUUGCUAGCGACGAUGCGCAGUGGAUCACGGGGCAGACGCUCAACGUAGACGGGGGUCUGACUGCGCAGUAG